GGGUCCCCCUAAAGGUUACAUCGAAGCCAUUGAGACACGAUUACAUAGAAUGGAAUCUCUUUUAGGUGGGUUAGUUCACAGCAAUGAUCCCUUUGCGGAGGCUGUGUUGGCAGAGUUGAUGCAAGAUGACCCGCGUCCUUCUCGUAAAUCUGGAAAUACGGAAUUUACAUGGAGGAAUGGUUCUAUAUCAAUACAUGGUGAUACGGGCAGUAGUGGCCUGCAAAGUCCUGAAAUUGUUCAGGCAAAAGAUAAUUCUAUUAUUGAUGAUCUAAAUGAUAUUAUGGGAAUUCUUAGUAUAGACGAGAACCAACAGGUUCGUUAUCAUGGACGAAGUAGUGGACUUUAUCUCUUAAAGAAUAAUCGAGAUAAUCCACCACCACUUCUUCUUUUAAAUGCUAUAUACGCUCUUGCUGCGAGAUUUUCUGACAGACCUGAAUUAAGAAAGAAUCUUCAGGAUUCGCAGACGGCCGGCGACGAAUUCUUUGAUCGUGCGAAAGCACUACUAGAUAAUGAUUAUGAUAAAUCUCAUAUAACAACCAUUCAAGCUCUUAUUAUAAUGGCUUUAAGGGAUAUUAGAAUUGAUAACACCACGAGAAGUUGGAUUUAUAUUGGUAUGGCUGCAAGAAUGGCGCAAGAUUUAGGUAUUCACCGUAAUAAUGAAAAGUGGCAACCGAUCCCGUUAUCACGUGAGGAAAAAGAAGAACAAAAACGUGCCUUCUGGUCUUGUUUUGUAGUUGAUAG